UGUUUCGAGCUUUCGUCGGACAUCUCGAUUCUUUCUUCCGUAAAGCUUUUUCGUAAGGAAGAAUCUAUUUCGAAAAGUACUCUUCGGAGAAAUUUCUUAUUUUCUUCCUCGGACGUUUUGAAUGUUAAAUUUGUCGUAACCGUUUUUGACCCCAACAAUUCUUAGUAUACCUAGAAUAAUUAUCUUCUUAAGAUCGUUGAGAGUCAAAGCUCUAUCCGAAAACAAGGUAAAAGAAAUAACUAUUUCACAGUAUUUUUAUUAAACGUCAAAAGCUGUUGGACUACAACCGCAAGACCAAGUUUAAAUAACAAAACUAACGAAAACCCUAAUCUAAUAACAAAGCCACGUUAAUAACUAGACCCAACAAUAACAAUUAAGAAAGCCCACAAUAAUACUAGCCUAAACAUGUGACCUAAGUCUAACAUGAUGGCACCAAAGACUUGAUGUAGUUGUCAAGAUGCGCUGCAUCAGUCUCUCCCACUAUGAAAAGAUUCAACCUCGAAUCUUGUUUCUCUGAAAAUAUAUUGGUAUGAAGAUAUACUCAUCAAACCUCCAAGUUCUUGCUAAUGGACACUCUCCACGUAAUGCUUUUGUCAACACGUUAGAACACAUAAUGUUCAAAGACGUUGUUGAUUUUUUGCAGGUUUCAAAAGCUUUGUCACCAAAGAUGAAAUCUAUGGUUUUGGAAUAUUCUUCACAAUACACGUAAUAAGACAAAUCUUCCCCAUCAAAGACAUCACAGAUUGGAUCCACAUUUUCAAUUAUCAGAUCUUCAUUAGCGUAGAUAUCAAAGAUACGCUGACCAUAUAACUCUUUGUAUAGAUCUUUUUUAGCAUCACUACUUCCUUGUUGAAAAUAAGAUCAUCAUGUUGACACAAAAUUAGGUUGUUGGUUCAGCUGGAGCACCAUAUGUAGGGCAUCUUCCAAGGACUGUUGCAACACAUCACACAUAUUUUGUUGAAACUCGGCCAAUACUUUCUGCAAGGUGUUAGCUUGCUCGUUCUUCCAUCCCUGAAGAUUCGUUCUUGGUAACAUGAUAAAAGAACCGUUUUGGCUCUGAUACCAUAUGGUGUAGCGAAAAAUACGAUAACGCAAGUAAUCUAUUGAUUCUUAAAAUACAUAGAAUAAUUGUCUUCUUGAGAUCGUUGAGAGUCGAAGCUCUAUCCGAGAACAAAGUAAAAUAGAUAAUUAUUUCUCUGUAUUUUUAUUAAACGUCAAAAUCUGUUGGACUACAACAACAAGACCAAGCUUAAAUAACAAAAUUAAUGAAAACCCUAAUCUAAGAACAAAGCCACGUUAAUAACUAGACCCAUCAAUGACAAUUAAUAAAGCCGAAAUAAUACUAUCCCAAACACGUGACCUAAGUCUUACAUGAUGGUGCGAGAGACUUGAUGUAGUUGUCAAGAUGUGCUGCAUCAAAUGUUCUCUGAGACUAUUAUACCACAUGCGUCCAAAUUGUUUUAGGUCGUAUAAUGACCUUUGCAAAAAAUUUUCAAAUAACUCUUUAGGCUUAGAAUUUAAUGGUUAUGACAUUUUAAAUACUUAGAGGAUUCUCAUAUAAAUAUCAGUGUCCAAGGAUCUAUAUAAAUAUGCGGUAACAACAUCCAUUAUAAGCAUCUCUAGAUUUUAAUUGGCGGCUAGGUUCUACCAAAAUCUAAACAUGAUUACAUCCAUAUUAGGAGAAUAUAUUUCUUCAUAAUCGAUCCAAGGUCUUUGAAAAAAUCCAUAAGCCACAAGACAGCCUUAUAUCUCAUAACUUUGUUAUUCUCAUUUUGUUUCCAAACGAAAACCCAUUUGUUUCCAACUGGUUUCACAACAUGUGGUGUGAUUAUAAUAGGUCCAAAUAACACUCGUUUGUUAAGGGAGUCAAGUUCAACUUGUAUUGCAUCUUUUCAUUUUGUCCAGUCAUGUCUCUUUUGACAUUCAAAGAUAUAUUUUGGUGGUUCUAGAUCAUCACCCUCUUCAUUUAUUUCCUUCGAAAUAAAGUAUGAGGAAACAUCAUCAACACCAUUAACUUUGAUUCAAUAUUAUGAAUGUAAUUAAUAGAAAUCUCAUGAUUUUAUUCAGAAUCAUGAUGUCAAACAUUGUCAUCAACCUUAUGGCUUAUUGCUUCCAACUUUUCUGCUAUAUUGGAAGGAUUUUGGUGUUCUAUCUGUCUCCUUCUGUUUCCUAGGAUUCAUAUCCUUAGAACCAAUAGGACUACCACGCUUCAAGCUUAUUCUUUACUCUCGUGUAUUAUCUUCUAUGCCACGUUCAUUUGGCAUUUCUAUACGAGCAUGAGAAUUCGCAGCCAAUAUAUUUGAUUUUGUAACCGAUUUGGUGUCUGCAAAAGCAUCAAGUAGGUUAUUUGCGAUGCUUUUUAAAUGCAUAAUUCGACGGACCCCUAAUUCUGACUGUCUGGUAGGAGGAUCAAUGUGUUGUAGAGAUUUUACACACCAUUUAUAUUUUUUCCUACUUUUUUUACAUUCUCCCUUAGAACUGAGAAUACUUUUUCAUCAAAGUGGCAAUCAGCAAAACAUACCGUAAAUACGUCACCAGUUUGCCAGUUUACGGUUCUAGAUAUCAUAUAAUUGAUGGAGAAUCAUAACUAGCAUAUAUCCGUAACCUUUUUUGAGGAUCCAUCUUUGUACGUUAGGUAGGUGCAAUUCGCACAUAUACAUCACAACCAAAAAUAAUUACUGAGAAAUAUUUGGCUCGCGUCCAAAUGCUAACUGUAUUGGGGAUUAUUUUUGAUAUGCACUUUGUUUCACCCGAAUCAGUGCUUCUAUAUGCAAAAUAGCAUGUUCCUACACAGAAGUUUGAAAUUUUGAUCUCAUGAUAAAUGUUCUUUCUGUCAGUUGCAGACGUUUAAUGAUUCAGCCAAACCAUUUUGUGUUUGAACAUGAGCAACGAGAUGUUCGACAUCAUUUCCGGUUACCAUUCAAUAAUCAUUGAAUACUUGGGAAGUGAAUUCACCAGCAUUGUCUAGUCCAACUCUCUUUAUUGGAUAAUUAGGAAAUGAGCCCUUAGUUUGAUUAUCUGAGAUAAAAAUCUUGCAAAUGCCACAUUUCGAGAGGACAACAGACAAACGUGUGUCCAUCUACUCGCCACGUCGACCAUUACCUUAAAAGAAUAUAAUGUUCUACAAGAUGGAUGUAUAGGUCCAUAAAUAGCACAUUGAAUUCGUUCAAGUAACUUUGGUAACUCUUUUUGUAUUUUGGUUGGCUAUGGUUUAUUAUCAAUGUUUUCAAGGAAACAUGCAGUACAUGUUAUUUUAUUUCCCUGAUAAAUUUCUUGGGGUUUCACUAAAUGACCAUAUGAGUUCUCGAUGAUUUUACGCAUCAUUAUGGUGCUUGGAUGACCAAGACGAUCAUGCCAUAAUGUAAAGUCAUCAGAAUUUCCUUUAAUCACCAAAUGUGAUUCAAUGACAUUUAUAUGUGUAUGAUGCAGACCAGAAGAGAGUUUUGGUACUUGUUUCAACACAUUUCAUUUUCCCGAUUUCUCAAGAGUAGUAUACAUAUACUUCUUUCCAUCAUCAGUUGUAGACUGAGUAUCAAAUCCUUUAAGAUAUAUGUCUUUAAAACUCAACAAAUUUAUUUUAGAAUUUAGAUUAAAUAGUGCAUUAUUUAUCAAGAAUUGUGUCCUAUUAAGUAAUGUGAAAUGGGAUUUACCAAUCCCUUCAACAAGUCUGCACAAUCUAAUAUUGUGGUAACAGUGAUAUUUGUCGGUUUUAAUUUAAAAAAAUAUUUUAUGUGUUUCAGAAUAGUGUGCAUUAUUCCACUAUCUGGUAUACAAAUAUCUGAUUUUCCUUUAAUCACCAAAUAAUGUGCAUUCAGAUUCAGAUUAAAUAAAAGUCAAAGAUCAACAAUUUAAAAGUGAAAACCCGAGAUCCAUGAAAAGGAUUACCAGCAAUUUAAUUACAAUAUCACAUAUAUUUCUCCAAAAUCACCAAAUCAAGUUUUAAGGUAUAUUCUCAAGAAUAUAUCUUGAAUCAGAACUAAAUUCUUAUGAAGAUGAGAUUUUUAAUGUAGCAUAUUUGCCGAAAGAAGAAAGAUUUAUCAUAAAAAUGGUACAAAAUGAUAGUAAUAAUGCGUGAAUAGUGUCAUGUACACAUAGUUAAAUAAUAUAUUUUAUGUAUAUUGUUGAAGUAGGAUUUAACACAUAAAUCCAGUGCAUUAAAAUAUUUGAGAUGCAUUUAUUUGACAAGAUUUACAUGGUCCGCUGGCGAAACCUAACUAAUCCGACGAAGGGCUAACUUGUAGCUUGAUGUAGGAAGCUACGGAUUGAGUGGAUAAUGAUGAAGACAAAAAUCACCUUGAGGUCAAGUGGUUACUAAACAACCCGAGAUUCAUUGAGUAAGGCAUGAAAAGUCUACCAUAGAUACGCUUAGUAGUUGGAUCGAGCCGAACCAUUUAAAAACAAAUCAUGCUCAUCAUUUACACAUCACAACACUACUAGUUCACUGUGAUACUUAAAAUACUCUCAUAUAAUUGUAUUGUAUUUGACAUGUUUCUUUGUACAUGUCAUAUUUAUUAUUAACGUUAAUUCAAUUUGAGGAAAAUAUCUUGUUUAAUUUUAUUUAUAGAAUACUUUAUCUGUUUCAAAUAAGUAAUCGUUCUAGAGCUUUGCACAUAAUAAGAAACUAAUUAAAUGUUCAAAUUUACCAUUUUUUUACCAUUAGAAUUGCAUAACAUUUAUUAUUUAUCUUAGUUUAAUUAAAUGAAAAGAAAAUAAAUUAAUAGAAAAACAACACUGGAAUCACAAAACGACACUCGAUUUGAAGCAUAGAGAAUAUUAUUUUUACUGUUUCUCUAGACCUAACAAUUAUUUUAUAAAGAAAAAUCACUUCAGAUUUUAGCUUACACAUAUAUCGAGCGCAAAUACUAAACAAUAUAUUGUGGAAUUUAUGAAAGAAAUAUUGUCAACUUAAAUAUAGGGAAAGAAAGAAUAAAGGGAAUCAUAUUUAAAUAUGAAAGAAAUAUUGUCAACUUAAAUAUAAGGAAAAAAAUAUAAAAAUAAAGAAAUAUGAAAAGAAAUAUAGGGAAAGAAAUAUGAAAGAAAUAUUGUCAACUUAAAUAUAGGGAAAGAAAGAAUAAAGAAAGAAUAAAGGGGAAAGAAAGAGAUACAAAACCUUUCAUCUAGAGUACACAAGAGAGAGAGAGAGAAACAAUGAUGAUAUCUGAUCUUCCGGCAGAUUUGCUAGAUGAAAUACUCUCUAGGGUUCCGGCCACAUCUCUAAUACGAUUGAGAUCUACUUGCAAACAAUGGUACAAUUUAUUCAAAGACCAAAUGUUCGCCGAAAAGCACCUUCGUAACGUUCCAAAGCAGCUUCGUGUUCUCACACUGAAGGAAAAUAGGCUUUUUCUGCCGAGCGUAGAUCUGAACUUUGUUCCUCCUUCUAUUGAAUUUAGCGAUGAACUUAGCCUAAAUAAUUCUAAUAAUUCAGAAGAGGUCCAUAUAGACUCAGCUUUUCACUGCGAUGGUUUAUUGUUAUGCACCACCAGGGAUGAACUCGUGGUUUGGAAUCCUUGUUUAGGUGAAACCAUGUGGAUCAAACACAGCGAAGGCAGCAAAAGGGUUAAAGAGAGAAAGCCUAUGUAUGCUUUAGGAUACGAGAACAACCAGUCUUGCCGCAGCUACAAAAUCUUGAUGUUUUGGGAUUGUGACGAAUUAUACGACGGCCAAGUCGAUGGAUUUAAAGUCUAUGAUUUUAACUCUAAUGCGUGGAGAGUUGUUAAUUAUCCCAACUGCUUCAUAAUGAAUUCUCAUGGCGUGAAUUUGAAAGGAAAUGGUUACUGGAAUGCUUAUGAUGACAACUACGUCGACUACAUACUCAGCUUUCAUUUUACAGGAGAGAGAUUUAUACGUUUGUGUUUACCUCCCCCAUCUCAGGGCUGCAUGUAUACGUCUCUAUCAGUUGUUAGAGAAGAACUCUCAGUGUUACGUUGUGUGAAAGGUUCAUCAAAGAUUGAGAUGUGGGUGACGACCAAUAAAAUGGAUACUUCUGCUUCAGAAUUGUCAUGGAGCAAAUCCUUUACAAUGAACUUUGGUUUUCCUGUCUUAGUUUACACGGGUCUUUUAAUCGACGAAGAUAAGAAAGUGGUCUUGUGUAAUACAAUUGUGGGGGACCACUUGAGGGGGGCAUGUACUAUUGGAGAGGAAGAUAAAUAUUACUCAGAAAUCGCUUUUGAAGGAAUGUCUUUAUCACAACCUCCUCAUAUUUUCAAUUAUGUUCCAAGUUUGGUUAGAAUCCAGGAAGGUACUGAAUUAGAUGUUUUUGGUAAAAGUCCUCGUAGGAGAGGGGAUGAUCCUCCUACAAGACGAGGUGAUACUGCAAUGUGUGAUCAUGACUUCCAGUUUUCACAAGAAAUUGAUGACAUGAUGUCCUAAUCAGAUGAAUGGAGAUAGAGUGCACUGAUUUUAGCAGUCGUCUUAGAAGCCGCGGUCGUGGGUGGAAGACGCAGUGUGUUAUCUUGUGACAAAAGUGAUCUCUCCUGAUAUUUAUAAUUUAUUCACCCGUUGAACCCCUCUCUUUGUCUCAUUAUAUCUUUGUAUAAUCAUCGUAGUUUCUGCGAACCUUGAAAUUUCAUUAUCACCUUGAACAAUAUCUCAGUUCUCAAAAAGGAACUCUUUGGCACUCUAUCUUCUUGUAUCUUGUGAACUUUUUUAGCUUUGGCAUUAAUUUUAAAGAUUUUAUUAAUUUCAGUUAGAACGUGUUUGUUUUCCACUUUGAGUGUUGAUCGUAUAGAUGAAGUUGUUCAGGUAAAAUAUUUCCAUACCAAUAAUAUCAUCUCACUGAUUCCAAAAAUAUAUGAUAUAGCGGAUUCCUCCAACUAGCAGAGCGGCGAAUUGAAUCCUGAAAAUCUGGAUAAAGACUUGAAUAUAAUACUGCAAGUAAGUCCUUCCCUCACGAUAUCCUCACUUUCGUGAUAAUUUCAAAACCAAGAGCACGCCAUAAAUCUACUGAAAAAGGUCAAGGCAAUAAAAUGUCCCCCCACCCCCCCCCCCCCCCCCCCCUCCCCUUUCCCUUGAUAUUACUUGUAUACAAUGACAUGACAUGACUCCCCUUUGACUCUUUUUGUUUAUGUUUAUUUAGGCUUUUAGAUCUGAACUUUGUUCCUCCUUCUAUUGAAUUUAGCGAUGAACUUAGCCUAAAUAAUUCUAAUAAUUCAGAAGAGGUCCUCCAUAUAGACUCAGCUUUUCACUGCGAUGGUUUAUUGUUAUGCACCACCAGGGAUGAACUCGUGGUUUGGAAUACUUGUUUAGGUGAAACCAUGUGGAUCAAACACAGCAAAGGCAGCAAAAGGGUUAAAGAGAGAAAGCCUAUGUAUGCUUUAGGAUACGAGAACAACCAGUCUUGCCGCAGCUACAAAAUCUUGAUGUUUUGGAAUUGUGACGAAUUAUACGACGGCCAAGUCGAUGGAUUUAAAGUCUAUGAUUUUAACUCUAAUGCGUGGAGAGUUGUUAAUUAUCUCAACUGCUUCAUAAUGAAUUCUCAUGGCGUGAAGUUGAAAGGAAAUGGUUACUGGAAUGCUUAUGAUGACAACUACGUCGACUACAUACUCAGUUUUGAUUUUACAAGAGAGAGAUUUAUACGUUUGUGUUUACCUCCCCCAUCUCAGGGCUGCAUGUAUACGUCUCUAUCAGUUGUUAGAGAAGAACUCUCAGUGUUACGUUGUGUGAAAGGUUCAUCAAAGAUUGAGAUGUGGGUGACGACCAAUAAAAUGGAUACUUCUGCUUCAGAAUUGUCAUGGAGCAAAUCCUUUACAAUGAACUUUGGUUUUCCUGUCUUAGUUUACACGGGUCUUUUAAUCGACGAAGAUAAGAAAGUGGUCUUGUGUAAUACAAUUGUGGGGGACCACUUGAGGGGGGCAUGUACUAUUGGAGAGGAAGAUAAAUAUUACUCAGAAAUCGCUUUUGAAGGAAUGUCUUUAUCACCACCUCCUCAUAUUUUCAAUUAUGUUCCAAGUUUGGUUCGAAUCCAGGAAGGUACUGAAUUAGAUGUUUUUGGUAAAAGUCCUCGUAGGAGAGGGGAUGAUCCUCCUACAAGAUGAGGUGAUACUGCAAUGUGUGAUCAUGACUUCCAGUUUUCACAAGAAAUUGAUGACAUGAUAUCCUAAUCAGAUGAAUGGAGAUAGAGUGCACUGAUUUUAGCAGUCGUCUUAGAAGCCGCGGUCGUGGGUGGAAGACGCAGUGUGUUAUCUUGUGACAAAAGUGAUCUCUCCUGAUAUUUAUAAUUUAUUCACCCGUUGAACCCCUCUCUUUGUCUCAUUAUAUCUUUGUAUAAUCAUCGCAGUUUCUGCGAACCUUGAAAUUUCAUUAUCACCUUGAACAAUAUCUCAGUUCUCAAAAAGGAACUCUUUGGCACUCUAUCUUCUUGUAUCUUGUGAACUUUUUUAGCUUUGGCAUUAAUUUUAAAGAUUUUAUUAAUUUCAGUUAGAACGUGUUUGUUUUCCACUUUGAGUGUUGAUCGUAUAGAUGAAGUUGUUCAGGUAAAAUAUUUCCAUACCAAUAAUAUCAUCUCACUGAUUCCAAAAAUAUAUGAUAUAGCGGAUUCCUCCAACUAGCAGAGCGGCGAAUUGAAUCCUGAAAAUCUGGAGAAAGACUUGAAUAUAAUACUGCAAGUAAGUCCUUCCUUCACGAUAUCCUCACUUUCGUGAUAAUUUCAAAACCAAGAGCACACCAUAAAUCUACUGAAAAGGGUCAAGGCAAUAAAAUGUCCCCCCUCCCCCUUUCCCUUGAUAUUACUUGUAUACAAUGACAUGACAUGACUCCCCUUUGACUCUUUUUGUUUAUGUUUAUUUAGGCUUUUAAAUCUGAACUUUGUUCCUCCUUCUAUUGAAUUUAGCGAUGAACUUAGCCUAAAUAAUUCUAAUAAUUCAGAAGAGGUCCAUAUAGACUCAGCUUUUCACUGCGAUGGUUUAUUGUUAUGCACCACCAGGGAUGAACUCGUGGUUUGGAAUCCUUGUUUAGGUGAAACCAUGUGGAUCAAACACAGCGAAGGCAGCAAAAGGGUUAAAGAGAGAAAGCCUAUGUAUGCUUUAGGAUACGAGAACAACCAGUCUUGCCGCAGCUACAAAAUCUUGAUGUUUUGGGAUUGUGACGAAUUAUACGACGGCCAAGUCGAUGGAUUUAAAGUCUAUGAUUUUAACUCUAAUGCGUGGAGAGUUGUUAAUUAUCCCAACUGCUUCAUAAUGAAUUCUCAUGGCGUGAAUUUGAAAGGAAAUGGUUACUGGAAUGCUUAUGAUGACAACUACGUCGACUACAUACUCAGUUUUGAUUUUACAGGAGAGAGAUUUAUACGUUUGUGUUUACCUCCCCCAUCUCAGGGCUGCAUGUAUACGUCUCUAUCAGUUGUUAGAGAAGAACUCUCAGUGUUACGUUGUGUGAAUGGUUCAUCAAAGAUUGAGAUGUGGGUGACGACCAAUAAAAUGGAUACUUCUGCUUCAGAAUUGUCAUGGAGCAAAUCCUUUACAAUGAACUUUGGUUUUCCUGUCUUAGUUUACACGGGUCUUUUAAUCGACGAAGAUAAGAAAGUGGUCUUGUGUAAUACAAUUGUGGGGGACCACUUGAGGGGGGCAUGUACUAUUGGAGAGGAAGAUAAAUAUUACUCAGAAAUCACUUUUGAAGGAAUGUCUUUAUCACCACCUCCUCAUAUUUUCAAUUAUGUUCCAAGUUUGGUUAGAAUCCAGGAAGGUACUGAAUUAGAUGUUUUUGGUAAAAGUCCUCGUAGGAGAGGGGAUGAUCCUCCUACAAGACGAGGUGAUACUGCAAUGUGUGAGCAUGACUUCCAGUUUUCACAAGAAAUUGAUGACAUGAUGUCCUAAUCAGAUGAAUGGAGAUAGAGUGCACUGAUUUUAGCAGUCGUCUUAGAAGCCGCGGUCGUGGGUGGAAGAUGCAGUGUGUUAUCUUGUGACAAAAGUGAUCUCUCCUGAUAUUUAUAAUUUAUUCACCCGUUGAACCCCUCUCUUUGUCUCAUUAUAUCUUUGUAUAAUCAUCCCAGUUUCUGCGAACCUUGAAGUUUCAAUAUCACCUUGAACAAUAUCUCAGUUCUCAAAAAGGAACUCUUUGGCACUCUAUCUUCUUGUAUCUUGUGAACUUUUUUAGCUUUGGCAUUCAUUUAUAAAGAUUUUAUUAAUUUCAGUUAGAACAUGUUUGUUUUCCACUUUGAGUGUCGAUCGUAUAGAUGAAGUUGUUCAGGUAAAAUAUUUCCAUACCAAUAAUAUCAUCUCACUGAUUCCAAAAAUAUAUGAUAUAGCGGAUUCCUCCAACUAGCAGAGCGGCGAAUUGAAUCCUGAAAAUCUGGAGAAAGACUUGAAUAUAAUACUGCAAGUAAGUCCUUCCCUCACGAUAACCUCACUUUCGUGAUAAUUUCAAAACCAAGAGCACGCCAUAAAUCUACUGAAAAAGGUCAAGGCAAUAAAAUGUCCCCACCCCCCCCCCCCCCCCCCCCCCCCUUUCCCUUGAUAUUACUUGUAUACAAUGACAUGACAUGACUCCCCUUUCACUCUUUUUGUUUAUGUUUAUUUAGGCUUUUAGAGUCACCAGGUAAAGCUGCAAAAGCAAAGAAGAAAACUUGUCUUCAUCGUUGGAAGCUUUGUUUUAAGGAUUUUGGACUUCUUGCAAUUCUAUUAACGAUCACUUUUGUUUUCAAGAGAGCUGAGCUUCAGAGAUUGGUUAUAAGAAGGGAAAUUGCACUCAGUAUACAUCAAACAAAUUAUAAUUAACUAUCUAACCAAAAAAAAAGUUGACCACAAUAUUCAACGUAUUUUCUAUUGUAUAUUCCAAAAUAUCCUUUCAAUCGCCCGGUGUAACCUUUUUCUAUUUUGUUCUUUGUUUUAUUUUAUUUUCUUCUUAUUCUUCUUUUUACAGAUCUCUGUUUCUCUUGAUAUCAACGAAAACAUAAAUCAUAAUAUCUUUUUUUUGCUAGAUUAUCACCAUCAUUACCAAUAAGAUUCUAUGAUUGAUUAUCAUCAUUGAUGAUUAAUGUUACAUGUGUCUAGUGUUUGUACUCUGUUGUAAUUUCAGAAGAGUGUCGAUGUAUCUGAAAAAAAGGAGAUAAAGAAGAUGAACCCACAUACUAUAUGGAGUAAAAUAAAAUAUAGUAAUAUAGCUAUUAUGUAAUACUACUAUACUAUUUAAACUACAAUAUUUUAUUUUCAUGUAUUUCUAUACUAUUUAAGCUACAAGAUACUAUAAUAUUGUUUAUUUUCAGUUUAUUUAAUUUGAUAUAUUAUAGAUUAUAAUUGGGUUUAGGGUUUUGAAAUUAGGAUUUAGUGAUUAAAACUUAGUGACUAGGAUUUAAGGUUUAGUAAUUAAGGAUUGGGUUGAGUUGGAGUAGGGUUUAGUAUUUAAGGGUUAUGAAUGUAGAUGAAGUCAUAUAUCAUUUCAACGAUAUAGAAUAGAACAUGCGGGUACAUAUUUAUAUGGUCAAUAAGUGUGUCACGUGGAUGACAUUAUGUGAUAUUUCAAAGAUUUUUGCUGACCAUAUAUGUUAUAUUUGUUGAGGUCGUCAAAUAUUUUUCUUUUACCGUUUACCUUCAAAAAAUAAGGUUAGAACCGGAAAGAAAUAGAACAAAAUGUCAUCCACUUAAUUAUGUCAAAAUCGGUGAUAUAUUCUUCAUUUCUGUUUGUGUUUUGUAUAUUAAGCAAAUUCUCCCUUAUAAGAAACCCAUUUUUUUUCUCUUAGCAGAUACAAGAAUAAUAAAUUCCAAUGAUAAGUGCAGAACUAGAGUUAUUAAUUUCCUUUAUUCUACGAAUUAAAUAUAUGAAAUCCAGUAACGAAUUGAGAUCAUUUUUCACCAAAAGGCCUUGUAAACAAUUUAAAAAUAAAGGAAGAAACUAUAUAUAUGGUUUGAUUAAUCAAUUCUAAGAGCUUCCGUACUAUGUUUAUAGGUGCCAACCAUGAAACCUCUCACUAUUUUAGUCUUUUGAUGAGUCCGAACCAGUUACACAAAACUAAGGAGUACACAAGAAAUAAUCUGUUGGUGACCAUAUACCAUGUUGUCAAUCUUUUCUAUUCCCUCCGUUUCAAUAUAGAUGAUGUUUUAGAAAGACUAAUUUAUUUCAACUUAUAUGAAGUUUUGAGAUUUUAAGGUUCUUUUUAAAUUUAUUGGAAAUUGUUCAACCAAUUAAAUUUUACUGUCUCUUUUAUAAUUGGUUGACUGAUUUUAUAAUUAUAUCUUUAAAAUACCUUUUUAGAGAAAUGUAAUUUUCUUAAUAUUUGUGCAUUACUAGAAAACAUCAAGUAUUAUGAAACAGAGGGAAUAUAAUAGAAGAUCGACGUGUCAUCUUUGGCGGUUUGGGUCCUAGAUUAUCAUAUUAAACUUGGUGAGAUGCUCUUAGCUUGAAGAUUGCUUAGGGUAAAUUUUGUUGCAGGGUUUGUGAACGGGGAAAAGAUUUGUAUUUGGAGGGUGCAACGUGUAUCAACGUGCAAAGUGUUCCAAAAAAAACAAAAAAGAUAAGACUUGUAGUGUAAUAGAUAAUGUGUUGUAAUGUUAUGGUUCCUUUGGGUUCAACUGGUAUGAAAUGAAGAUAGAAUCGAACUUAAGAUUUUGGGGAUUAAAGGAAAUUUAGUAAAAUAUUAAUAAAAAAUCUUACAAGUAUAAGAGUCUAUUUCUAUAUAAAUUAUUUUAGGGGUAAUAAAUAAUUUAGUUAUAAUUUCAAUUUAUUUUUAUAUAACCCUAUAUUUGAUAAAUUAUUUCUUAAAUUUUAAAAGUCAUAGGCUAAUAUUUAUGCCAAUCACGUCUUGAGAGUAGAUAGUGGAAAUUACUACUAUUAGUCAAAGGGUUUGGAGGAACGAACUACAAGGCAAUGUUCCAUGGUAACGUACAAUGGGAAGAGAACUUGUAAUAUUUUGGGACGGGUUUAGCAUCCUAAAAUUAAAUAUGUAAAAAUUGGAUACUCACCCACUUUUAUAAAUAAUUGAUGUUUUACCUUUUAAUUUGUAUAUAAAAUUCAUGUUUUAAUUUUAAUCAAUGCAUUUUACUUUAAAACUAGACCAUAGAUUAAAAUUUAAAAAUAUGAGUGGAAAUGUUUUAUUGCGAAGAAAAUAAAAUAAUCAAAACUAAUUAAUAAAAAAUAAGUAUUGACUAAAUAAAAACUUAAUAAUAAAAGUAUCAUUGUUUAAUAUAUAUAAAUAUAUACACUUAUUGUAAAUAUCUAGUCAACUAAAAAAAUGAAAUAUAUGAAAAAUUACUAUAAAUUAUACUAAAAUUUUGCCAUAAUUAGAAAAAUUAGUAAUUAAUCUCACUUUUUCAAUUUAAUAUUAUUUUGUAAGGAUAUCUAGUGUUACUGAAAAUAUAUAUUUUUCAUAAAUAUAGGGAUAUUUCUGUUUUUAUUUCAGAAUGUAACUAGUUUUUAUAUAAACUAACUAGUUGAUUUAACCAUCCACAAUCUUCUUCUCGCGCCUCUAUUUUCUUCUUCCACCUUCACAAACCUUUGAAAAACGUUUCAUUGCAGUUUUAAAUUGGGAAAAUGUGGAGAAAUACACCUAUAUAAGAUUUUAAUUUGAAAACUAUAUCAUUGUUUAAUUUUUUUGAAAAAUGCACUUUUGCUUAUAUGAAUUUACUAAAUUAUCCGAUAUGAAUAUUUAUCAUCAGAAUUUAUUUAAUAUUAAAUAAAGGCUCAUUUGGGUGAAUAACCAAAACAAGAAUGGAAAUUAGGUAAGUGGACAUUUUUUUUAUUAAUUGGCAAACCAGGAGAAACAACUGUAUGAAAAGUCCAUAUUAACCUUGUUGUAAUCAAAGGAAUCCAUUUCUAUUUUACUUGCUACCGGCUACUUCCAUUAACUGGCCAAUAGGGUUUUUCAUUGAUGUUUUUCUUCUUUUUCGACUAUUUCUCACAGAUUUACCGUCGACAGUUUUACCGUGGCCAGUAAGCAUAUACGACAGUUUGCUCUUCCUUGCCAAGCUUUAGGUUGCUGCUUCUCCAAUCUCUUCCCCAUCCCCAAAUCCAUUCUAUAUUUUGAAUUACAAAAUUUAGGAUUACUUUUAAGAUCGCCGUCGCCAGAGGCCGUUGCGGCGCCCCCAUGAUCUGAUUUCUUUAUGGCUUCUGAUCUUCUCAUCCUCGUAUCUUCCUGUUUCUGAUCUCACACGCGUUGCAAAGAGACUACACAGACAAUCAGAAUAAAACAAUACAUUAUCAAAUCAGACAAAACAAAGUUUAUGCCUCUCCAGAAAUUAAAAAAAAAAGCACAGGACUUUCCAGAAACCAACAAAAACCUUUAAUGAAACAGAGAUCUAUAAAAAAAUGAAUUAAGAACCUGAGAGGAUUGCAUUAUUACCACAGAGACUGAGCUGCUAGAAAGACGCAACUUCCGUUCAUCUUCUCAGCACAAGCACAGUCAGUUCUUAAUUUUCGAAGCCAACCUGUUUAAGAGAAACAAACAGAGUCAAUGGAUGUUUUAUCUGGUUCCCUAUAACAAGAAGAACAAGGCUAAUGAGAGAAAUAGAUCCUCUGUUUCACUUACCAGUGCUGUACCACCAAGAUCUGUUUUUCUAUGUCCAGUGAUAAAAAUGCCAAUGGAAAGAGCCAUAGUGCACACGAGAUCAAGAUCAACUGGGAGGAUUGUACUGCAACACAAGAUUAUUACAGAGAUUCUCCCGAUCUCUAAAAGAGUGAUCAACAAAAAUAAAUCAAAAACAAGAGAGAGAGAUUGGAUUAUUAUCAAAAAAAUUGAGAAAAUUUCAGGGCCGAUUGAAAGAAUCAGGGUUUUAAGCCUUGUCUAAGAUUUUUUGUCAAGAAAAAACAGUUCUUGAUUUAGAAAAAAUAGGACUUUCUUUGACCAAACAAGAAGAAUAGAGAAAGAGAAAGAACAAUAGAGAGAGAGAGAGAGAGAGAGAGAGAGAGAGAGGUAUAGGCUUAGCUCUACGAAGAGAGAAGAGAGAGAGAGUUAAAAGUAGGUAAGAUUGUCAGUCUAUGCAUUUUGGUUUGUGGGAUUGAGUAGGGUUAUUAUUGGUAUUAAUAAAAAAUGUACAGUUGCAUAUCCAUUUGCCUAAUAAAAUUCUUAUCUAUAGUCAUGGACCGCAAAUUCCCUAAACAGUUUCAACAAUAAUAUAAGAUUGUUUGAAAAAAAUCUUUACAAUAUACACAAUAUCUUAAUUGAAAAAGAAACAAGUUAGAGAUGUCUCGUCUCCUCCAAAAAAAAAAAGAUCUUGCUUUUAUUCAGAUUUCAGAGGUUUGUUUCUUCACCUAUGUCCUCAGUGUGAUUCAAUUUAGUAAAUUGACGUUUUCUUCCAAUUCUGUCAUACACAGAUGAAGUAAUCUCAAACAACAACAUUUUUUUCCUUUGAUUUCCUAUGUCUAUCUAACAACUUGAAUGAAAAAUUAAUGGAAUAUUGGUAGCACAUAUGUUUAAUUUUGUCCAUUGACACCCCGAAAAACCUGAGUUUGAUACCUCCUUAUAGUCUUACACAGUUACACUCUUUUUGUCAAAAAAAAACUUGAAUGGAACAUUCAUAAAAGGACAAGAAUCAAACAAUAACUUUCUUUUUUUCUAAAAGAGUUUAACAUAAACUAAACAGUUACGUUGUUGUCGUUGCAUGGCUUCCUCAUAGCAAGAAUGUAGUCUCGUGGAUUGGCAAUUCUCAACAUAGUGGGUUUUGAUCGUGUGUGACUUCAGAGGAGCUGCUCGAGUAAUCAGAGUAACAGAGCUUCAAGCCAUUGGUUGGGCAGCUGAUAUCUUUUCAGUUUACGUUAGAAUAGAGUUGUAGUGGAAAUGUCCUGAGCCCAAGUUCAGAGUGAUUUCCAAAAUAUUUUUGACUACCCGGACUUGCACAAUGAGAUCUUGAAGAUAGUUAGCUCUCUUGACCAGUUUUAAGAGUGUCGUUUGGAAGUGGUUACACAGUCUGCUAAUUUAGUAGCAACGGAGAUCGCUCUUAGUAAAACGAGAGGCAGACGCUACCAAUCGUAUGUUGCCCAUGGUGGUUUGCGUUGGCUUUCCUCUCUAAUCGAAGCUGAAGCAGGGACAUCAAGGUCUACAGCUCAAGUCUGAGGGUCCCUCGUACUGGUACGGAUCUUGACAGUAUGAGUUCUUUUCUCACUUCUUCAUUCCAUUCUGGUAAUCGUUUCUUGUUUGGCAUCUACUGGUCACCACAAAAAUGAUUUUUUUGUAUGAAGAAUGAGUGGUUGGACAACUUAUUUCUAUUUUAUUACGAAAUCUAAAAAGUUAUGCAUAGAAACUUCCUGAUAAAAUCAAAACAAACCAUAAUUUAUUUCUUUCAUAAUAUCCUUGUUAUAUAAAAGAUUAUAGUAAAAUAAUAUAUCUAUCUCAAGACAUGUUUUUCUUAAACAUAUGUAAUUAUAUUAUUACUAAUUCAAACUUAUAUAUAAUUAUUGAAAUAUCUAAUUGGGAUAAAAAUGUCUUUUCAUAUUUAACAAAGUGUAGUUUUCCAAAAAUAAAAAAGAAGGUGCAUUUAUCAAAAUUUAAAUUAAUUAUAGAGUAUUUUUCAAAUUGUCCCUUUUAUAUUAGCUUUUUAAAUCUAAUUAUUUAUAUCUAUAAUUUGUUUUCUAAAACCAUCUUUUUAAGGAAAAAAACCGUCUUCUCUUAAAUUCUAUUUUUUAUUUCUUCACAUAUAUAUUUUAUAUGUUAUUUUUGAUAUUUUUCUUCAAAGAGUGAUACUUUUCACAUUCUGAAUAGUUUUUAUGUGCUUAGAAAAUGUGAAAAUAUAGUGAACGUCAAAAAUCUUGGAGAGAGAUGCAAAUAAUAACAGUGGGAAGAGUGUGAUUUCUACAUGCUACGAAGAAAAAGUAAGGGAAGGUAGUUCAAAACUUUAUGCUAUCUAUAUUUCUUGAUACGGUUGUUCUAAUUCAAACAAUGAUUCUCUGGAGUUUUCUUAUGAAAUUUAAUAUUUUUGUAGGAUUGAAAUGCUUUUUAAGAUGAUCUCUAAUCAUGUAAAUUUUACAAUCCUUAUUCUAAAAGUGGAAGAACAUACACAAGAACUGCAGUUUUUAAGAUGUAUUGAAAAAGCAUGAAAGAAAAGCAAAAAGAUGACUGAAUUCUAUAUUGAUUUUUAAUAUUCUUUUCAAUUUUGUAAAUGGUAAUUUGUUUUUAUGUUGAUUUAUUAAUUAAAUCUUCUCAAGAAUAUUUAAAUUUUCAAUUCUGUUAUCAAGAUAUUAUUAGAUAUCUAAAACAAAGCUUUUUUCUUGUAUGCUUUAUACUUCAGUAACUAUUAGGACUGGAACUUAUAUCUGGAUUCGAUCCGAGAUCCGAUUCGGAUCCGAUCCGAAAAUCAGGAUAUCCGAGAGGGCCGAAUCCGGAUCCGGAUAGUAAAAUACUGGAUCCGGAUCCGAAUAUCUUGAUUUUUUAGUCUGGAUAUCCGGAUCCAUAAUUUUUAUUAAUACUUAUUUCAGAAGUAGUAGUAUGUAUAUAUAAAAACUAAAUUUAUUUAUUAUAUUUUCAUUUUAUAAUAGUAUAUAUAAAUUUUUAUGUAAAUUUUGUGAUAUUAUACAUAGAAAUAAUUAAAAACAUUUAUAUAUAUUUAGUUCUUUCAAUCGAACUACGUUCGACUUGUUCCUCGAAAUGGGUACGUUGGCAGCCUUUCAUAAGGUUCAGUCCGAAAUCAAUCAAAACCUCUUUUUGUAUCUUUUUCGUCUUCUAUUAUCGAGUUGCGACUCAACUGGGUAUAAGGUUUUAGGUUGCUAGAACUAAGUAAUUUGCUGACAGCUCUUGCGGCCGAAGCUUUUAUAAUCUCUUGUAAUGAUCGCAACGCUUUUACGCAGAUUCGAAAUAAGAUCAACUCUUUCUAAACUUGUUUAUUGUCUUUACAUAUUUUCUGCCUUUAUUUGGUCACUUGCCAUUGGCUCUCCCAGAGAAUCUGGAACCUCUGAAAAAGUUGGGGUUUAUUGACUGUCCUAAUUAAACGGAAAUUGACAUUGCAAAUUUCGGUUUCCACAAUAACCUUAAAGAAAACCUUCGGUUUUGUAAAUAUUAAUUUAAAUUUGUAUGUUAAAUUUUAAAAUAUGUAUAUUUUACUUAGAUUUUAAAUAAUAUUUGAAUUUCUGAAUAAAUUAAAAUACAUAACUAUUAAAUCGUGCAAUACUAUGAAAAAGAAAUUUGAUCUAAAAUGGGAACAAAACUAUUUUCAUGUAUGAGUUACAAUAUUGUUACUAACCAAAAAUUAUAUUUUAUUAAAUUAUCACCUAUUAAUGUUAUUUUUUAAAACAAUAUGUUAAUUUUAGAUCUAACUUCAAAAUUACUCUUUUGGUAAAUGUUGCCUUAAUAAUCCCAUUUUUACUCGUUAUGGCUGAUUUUAGAUCGAACUUCAAGAUUAUCAUAUUUUCUUCAAGCCUUGUAGAUUACUUUUCCCUAGACAUUUUUGGAGAAUGCUUUAGAUUUGUUAUCUGCCUGAACUUAUCUUUCUGGUUUGUGUUACUUUUUGUACAUUUUUGUGCUUUUUAUUAGUCUAGAAAAUCUCUUUUCUCAAGAUUGACCCUUUUGAAGUUUCUGUUGAAACCAUUUACGUUGGUUACACAUUAUGUAUAACUAUCUUAUGUAUAACUAUCUUAUGUAUAUCGGUUACACGUUGGUCAAUCAGUCUCAAACUACACUUUUAGAAAAUCUGCAUAACUAUCUUAUGUAUAUCGGUUACACAUUAUUUCCUAUCAUUUGACAGAAUUAUCAAUCAAAGUGGAGACUAAUCGGUCUAAAAAAAAGUGGAGACAUAUCACAAUGUGGUCAACAUAACUUUUAAACAAAGAGCAUGUGGUUAUUCUCCUUAUUUUUUCCACUGGAUCACCUGGAAAACAAAGUAAAUAAAGAGUUGAUAAUGCAU